GUUGCCAGCUAUCGGGGGAAGCGACAAGUAGUUGGGCGCCGGCGUCUGGCUGAGGAGGCCCCCCGGAGUGUAUGGUUCCCCGAGGAGUCAGCCGCAGGCCUGCCCCGUCUCAUUCCCCCUUGGAGAGUAGGGACUGGAGACCUGGAGAAGAAAAGGUUCAACAGCUUGGUAUUUCCUUGCUGAACUUUUUCCCGCAAGGCAGGGUUCUGAAGGCUGCGCCACCGGGGGGAUCCAGGACCUCAGAAAGCUGAUUGUAUUCUGGUUUGGCCUUGGCAUGUGUGGGAGCAGUUUUUUGUUUUUUUAAAUCUGAGAGAAUGUCCAACUUGCAAAUUAAAGCCUCCAGCCACACCGGGGAAGAUUCUAGUGUCUCACCUCUUCUUGGUUAGUCAGGGGAGUUCGUUUAGGAAUGGUAGUUCUGUUUCUGCCGGCUUAUGGCCGAAGUUUGUGAAAUUGGUUUUCUUUGGCUAUCUGAAUUGGAUUAUUCGGGUUGUUUUCUCUCUCCUUGCUGGAAAGUGGUAGUGGUUCUCCCUCCCCCCCCGCCCCAACUUAGAAAGGCUGCUGAGGGUGAGUUAUUCUGGAGUUAAACUGCUUUACCUUUAUUCACAGUGAAUGAAACAGUCUUUUAACGUUUGGAAAAUACUGAAGCGGUAUCUUAAACUUCAGGGUUUUGGGGUUUUUUUUUCAAGUUUGUUACACCCAUGGGUGUAAAUACUGGAGCAUGUGACGCCUGUUAGGAGCUUGUUUGCACUGGUGUUAACAGAACAAUACUAGAAUUUUCUAUAGCAUUCCAUUUUGAGUACUCUAUAGUCUCACUAAGUCCUGUUUCUUCCCCCGCUGGACAAUUUAGUGGCUAUUUACAGUUGACUCUCCCCUUAACAGCUAAAGGUAACCGAUCAGAAAAUUGAUACUUGCUUAUCUGUCAUUCUGCAAGUUCCUGGAGCCUGGAGAGUGGUUUCUUAAGUCCAGUUUUCUUCUUCUUGAGUGCCCCAGUCCUUGGUGUUUUGAGAGCAUGUCACAAUACUUCCAUCAUCCUCCAGGGAAAGCUCCUUUAUGGAACUUUUUCCUUCUCAUAUUCCAUCAUCAUAGUAGCAGUUAGUCUCAGUAUUCUAAUGAUGAUAGUCUGAGUAGUGUUUGCUUGAAAUGACUCUACUGGCUGCUGUUAGAGAGUUGGUGAGCAUGAGUGGAGAUGAAGAAUGUGAAAGGAACUGCUUCCUGUUUGCUUCAACCGGAGAAAAUAUGAAGGAGCCCAGGCAGCGAAAAGAUAACAGGCGCCCAGAUCUGGAAAUCUAUAAGCCUGGUCUUUCCCGACUAAGAAACAGACCUAAAAUCAAGGAACCCUCUGGGAGUGACGAGUUGAAGAAUGAAGUUGUUAAUGACAGAGAUUCUUCUGCUGUUGGAAAUUGUACCCAGCUCAUUAAAGAUGUCUGCAAAGACAACCCACAGCAAAAUGGUCCUGUAGACUCAGAAAAUAUUCGGGCACAGGAGUCCUUUCCUCGGACUGUUGGACAAGAGGAUCGAAGCCUAAGAAUUAUUAAGAGGACAAAGAAACCGGACAUGCAGAUCUAUCAACCUGGAAGGCGUUUGCAGACUGUUACCAAAGAAGCCACCAGCCGGGUGGAAGAGGAAGAAAUCCUCAACCAGGUAGAGCAACUGAGGGUAGAGGAAGAUGAGUGUAGGGGAAAUGUGAAAGAGGAGGUGGUGAACAAGCCAGACAGAGAGGAGGCUGAAAAGAGCCCAAGUGGUGACAGAGUAAGGGCUGCAAAGGGAGAAAAAGGAAAGAGGGUAGGAAAGGGAGAGGGGGUGAAGAAGGUGAACGAAGACUCGGCGCAGGGGAAGCCAGGUUCUGCCAAGCGCUACUCCCGCUCAGACAAACGCAGGAACCGCUAUCGCACUUGCAGCACCAGCUCGGCUGGUAGCAACAACAGUGCCGAGGGGGCUGGCCUGACUGACAGUGGAAGUCGCCGCCGCCGCCAGGAUCGGACCAAGGAGAGGCCCCGACUGAAGAAGCAGGUGUCUAUGUCCUCAACCGACUCCUUGGAUGAGGAUAGAAUUGAUGAGCCUGAUGGACCACGGAGGAGCUCAGAGAGGAAGAAGCACUCAGAAAGAAGCUGGUCUGACCGAGGGGAGGGAGAGCAGAAAAGCAAUGGUAAAGAAAAUCGAGGCACUCUUCGAGUCACUUUUGAUGCAGAAACCAUGAACAAAGAUUCCCCAGUGGUGAGGCCGGCCAGGGAAGAGGUGGAUAGAUUAAAGCCAGACAAAGGCUUGAGCGGUGGGGGCAAAGGCUCUGAGAAGCCGGAGUCCAAAAACCUGAGACAGGAACUUCGGGGUCGCGGCCGGGGCAUUCUCAUUCUCCCUGCCCACACCACCCUGUCAGUCAGUUCAGCUGGCUCUCCAGAGUCGGCGCCUUUGGGACCUCGGCUUUUAUUUGGAACUGGUAGCAAGGGAUCUCGGAGUUGGGGCCGGGGAGGCACCACUCGACGAUUGUGGGACCCAAACAAUCCUGAACAGAAACCCGCUCUAAAGAGCCAGACGCCGCAGCUGCAUUUCUUGGACACUGAUGAUGAAGUCAGCCCUACCUCCUGGGGUGACUCACGCCAGGCCCAAGCCUCUUACUAUAAGUUUCAGAACUCCGACAACCCCUAUUAUUACCCCCGGGCACCAGGCCCCGCCUCCCAGUAUCCUUACACAGGCUAUAGCCCUCUGCAGUACCCGGUGGGCCCUACAAACGGUGUGUACCCAGCGCCUUACUACCCGGGCUACCCAGCUCCGUCAGGACAGUAUGUGUGUAGCCCUCUGCCUGCCAGCACCAUGAGUCCUGAGGAGGUGGAACAGCACAUGAGGAACAUGCAGCAGCAGGAACUGCACCGGCUCCUCCGGGUGGCUGACAACCAAGAACUACAACUCAGCAACCUGCUCUCCAGGGACCGCAUCAGUCCUGAGGGCCUGGAGAAGAUGGCUCAGCUCAGAGCUGAACUGCUGCAGCUAUAUGAGCGCUGUAUUCUGUUAGAUAUUGAGUUCUCUGAUAAUCAGAAUGUGGAUCAGAUCCUGUGGAAGAAUGCUUUCUAUCAGGUGAUUGAGAAGUUCAGGCAGCUUCUCAAGGAUCCGAAUGUUGAGAACCCAGAACAGAUUCGGAACAGACUUUUGGAGCUCUUGGAUGAGGGUAGUGACUUCUUUGAUAGAUUGCUUCAGAAGCUGCAGGUCACUUACAAGUUCAAAUUGGAGGACUACAUGGACGGUCUUGCCAUUCGCAGCAAGCCAUUACGAAAGACAGUAAAAUAUGCCUUGAUCAGUGCCCAGCGAUGUAUGAUUUGCCAAGGAGAUAUUGCCAGGUAUCGGGAGCAAGCCAACGACACGGCAAAUUAUGGGAAGGCACGCAGUUGGUACCUGAAGGCCCAGCAUAUUGCUCCGAAGAAUGGGCGCCCUUAUAACCAGUUGGCUCUGCUGGCUGUUUAUACGAGGAGGAAACUGGAUGCUGUCUAUUAUUAUAUGCGCAGUUUAGCUGCCAGCAACCCUAUCCUGACUGCCAAGGAGAGUCUCAUGAGCUUGUUUGAAGAGACCAAACGGAAGGCGGAACAGAUGGAAAAGAAGCAACACGAAGAAUUGGAGCUGAGCCCUGACCAGUGGCGGAAAGGGAAGAAAUCCACUUUCCGGCAUGUAGGAGAUGACACCACUCGCCUGGAGAUCUGGAUUCAUCCAUCCCAUCCCCGGUCCUCCCAGGGCACGGAGUCUGGGAAAGAUUCUGAGCAGGAGAAUGGGCUGGGCAGCCUGAGCCCCGGCGAUCUGAACAAAAGGUUCAUCCUCAGUUUUCUCCAUGCCCAUGGGAAGCUGUUUACCCGGAUUGGGAUGGAGACAUUCUCUGCAGUGGCUGAGAAGGUCCUCAAGGAGUUCCAGGUGUUGCUGCAGCACAGCCCCUCUCCUAUUGGAAGUACCCGCAUGCUACAGCUUAUGACCAUCAACAUGUUUGCUGUACACAACUCCCAGUUGAAAGACUGCUUCUCGGAGGAGUGUCGCUCUGUGAUCCAGGAGCAGGCUGCAGCCCUGGGCCUGGCCAUGUUUUCUCUCCUGGUGCGACGCUGCACCUACUUACUGAAGGAGUCGGCCAAAGCUCAGCUGUCCUCUUCUGAGGGGGAGGAGGAUCAAGAUGACAUCAAGGUGUCCUCCUUUGUCCCGGACCUGAAGGAACUGCUCCCCAGUGUGAAGGUCUGGUCAGACUGGAUGCUCGGCUACCCAGACACCUGGAACCCUCCGCCCACCUCCCUGGACCUGCCCUCACAGGUUGCUGUGGAUGUGUGGUCGACGCUGGCUGACUUCUGUAACAUACUGACUGCGGUGAAUCAGUCUGAGGUGCCACUGUACAAGGACCCGGAUGAUGACCUCACCCUCCUCAUCCUGGAAGAGGAUCGGCUUCUCUCGGGCUUUGUCCCCUUGCUGGCUGCCCCUCAGGACCCCUGCUACGUGGAGAAAACCUCGGAUAAGGUUAUUGCAGCCGACUGCAAAAGGGUCACAGUGCUGAAGUAUUUUCUGGAAGCCCUUUGUGGACAAGAAGAGCCUCUGCUGGCAUUCAAGGGUGGAAAAUAUGUGUCAGUGGCACCCGUCCCAGACACCAUGGGAAAGGAAAUGGGAAGCCAAGAGGGAAAACAACUGGAAGAUGAGGAGGAGGAUGUAGUGAUUGAAGACUUUGAGGAAGACUCGGAGGCCGAAGGCAGCGGGGGCGAGGACGACAUCAGGGAGCUUCGGGCCAAGAAGCUGGCUCUGGCAAGGAAGAUAGCGGAGCAGCAGCGUCGCCAGGAGAAGAUCCAGGCUGUCCUGGAGGACCAGAGUCACGUGAGGCAGAUGGAGCUCGAGAUCAGACCCUUGUUCCUCGUCCCAGACACCAACGGCUUCAUUGACCACCUGGCCAGCCUGGCGCAGCUGCUGGAGAGCAGGAACUACAUCCUGGUGGUACCCCUCAUCGUGAUCAAUGAGCUGGACGGCCUGGCCAAGGGGCAGGAGACAGACCACCGGGCCGGGGGCUAUGCCCGCGUGGUGCAAGAAAAGGCCCGGAAGUCCAUUGAGUUCCUCGAGCGGCGAUUCGAGAGUCGGGACUCUUGCCUGCGGGCCCUGACCAGCCGUGGCAAUGAGCUCGAAUCCAUCGCCUUCCGCAGCGAGGACAUCACUGGCCAGCUGGGCAACAACGAUGACCUGAUCCUAUCCUGCUGCCUCCACUACUGUAAAGACAAGGCGAAGGACUUCAUGCCUGCCAACAAAGAGGAGCCCAUCCGGCUACUGAGGGAGGUGGUGCUGUUGACGGAUGACCGGAACCUGCGUGUGAAGGCGCUGACCAGGAAUGUGCCUGUGCGGGACAUCCCGGCCUUCCUCACAUGGGCCCAGGUGGGCUGAGGGGGCACAGCUCCCCCCUCACGGAAGCGUUCCCGAGAAGGCCGCCAGGCGCCCGGUGUAGCACAGAAGAUGCCCAUGUGCCUGAGCCACCAAUCCACCCAGACAAUAAACCAUCCUCUUCCAACCCACGCCGUGGCCGUGCUGUGGGGGAGCUGCUCCUCACAGAGCCCCUCCUAAGGGGUGGGCGGAAGUGCUGGGACCCUCCUGGGCUGCCAGGAUUUAGCAGGGAGGUGGCUGGCUACAGUGAUGGCAGGCGGGCGAGCCAGAUGGGCCGCCCCAUGCCCAGCCUUUCUCCCUCCCUCUGUCCAGGUCAAGGGCCGACGGAAGGCCUCUUAGCCCGAAGAUGCAGCCACUUUCUCAGCUGGAGGUGGCACAGGGUGGGGUUAGCAUUUCCAUCAGAUGCAGGUGAAACCAUGGGUCCCCUCAGUCUUCAGAAGCCCUGACGCAAAAGUGUCCAAGAGGCCUUGGUCAUGCUGUGAGGAGAGUGCCCAGGAGGUCUGUCUCCCUGAGGCCUGGAUGCCCCCAGGAGCCCCAGUUGGGUUCUGAACAGCAGCCCCAGGCCCUCUGCUCUUCUCCCCCCACCCCGCUGUUCUUCUCCCUGCCCUGCCACCUGGGGCCCCUGUGCUUUGCCACCUGCUCUCCCCUCAGUUGGUCCUGGGUCUGUAGGGAAGGGCUGUCUGCCCUCUCAGGCCCGUGCCUCCUGGGUUGCCUUUGCCUGCUCCCUCUCCCCUCAGUGGCCUUCCUUUUGCUCUCUUCCUACUUCACAACAUUUCUUCCCAAGUCCCCCUCCCUCUCUCCCUCCUGAACCAUCCCACUCCUCCUCACCGCCUUUCUAGUCCAUCCCUCUCACCUUCCUGGCCCCUCAGUCCCUUGCUGUGGAGCUUCUCUGACUCUCUUCUGUGGUACCUGUGGCAGGAACCUAAUGUCGCUUUCCUGCCCCUGACCUCCUUUCCCAGGCCCCUGUGCUCUGAGAAACCCUGAGGGUAGGGCAGGCCAAUGCCCAGGAGGAGCACUGCCUGACCUGGGGCAUGCACCCCGUGGAUAGCUCCGCCCUAGAAGGCACAGGGGCCCUCUGGCUGUGCUUGGAGCUCUUUGUUGCUUCUAGCUGGCACCUGUGUUCAGUCUCCUGCCGGAGGCUUCCUGCUGGCACUAUGUUCUCCCAGGCCAGGGUCAGGGCUGGAGGAGGACUUAGGGGAAGACAAGGUUUGGAGGCGAAGCCAGGAGUCAGUCUUAACCGGACCAGUGAGGGAGUCCCCCCAGAGGCCCCUGACUGACUACACAGCCUGCCCAGACGGUGGGAGCAAGGCAGUGCCCUCCCCAAAGCCCAAGACUAUGCCAGAAAGACGGGCAGCAGGAGAGCCACAGCCAGUGAUUUGAGGGUACAGGGCUCAGAAGACUGGGCUUUGGGGUAUAGGGUCCCUGGCCUCUCCUUUGAGAUCCCUUCUGCAGGAUGAAGGUUAAUGACUAGGUGGGUGGGAGACCCCAUCCCUCCUUUCUGUUCCAUUUGCAGCCCUGGUUUUGUUUCCUGAAUAAAUUUUUAGUUAUAAAACAUA